GUAUGCGCAUGCUUUCUCAGCGGCUGCGUGCGCAUGAGUGUAGUGACAAGAAGCGAGACGGGCGAACCGGUUGACGGAUCUUUUACCUGAAAUAACUCUCAGACCGGACUGGACUCAACUCAUUUGGGGUCUACAGAGGGUAAUAUGGCGAAGGAGGGCGUCGGUCAGAUGUCGAUCAAAGAGCUGUACGUGUCUGAUAAACAGGGCAGUGAUGUGGAUGGAGAUGGAUCAGAGCAGAAGCCCUUUAAAACUCCACUUAAGGCACUGUUGUUCGUUGGAAAAGAUCCUUUCCCAGUGAUCUAUGUGGACUCACAGAAGGACGGAGAGCGUUGGGCUGUCAUCUCUAAGACUCAAAUGAAGAACACAAAGAAGCUCUUCAACAAAGAGAAGAUGAAGAAUGACAGCAAAGAUAAGAAGGAGGCUGAAGAUGCUGAACGCAGAGAGAAGAAUCUGGAAGAAGCUAAAAAGAUCAUCAUUGAGAACGACCCCAGCCUUCCCGAACCCAAAACCGUGAAGAUUGAUAAGCUGGAGGCGUUCAGAGAGCAGAGGGUGAAGGUGUUUGGUUGGGUCCAUCGGUUACGCAGACAAGGAAAGAACCUGCUCUUCAUUGUGCUGCGAGACGGAACUGGUUUCCUGCAGUGUGUUCUCACGGAUAAACUGUGUCAGUGUUAUAAUGGACUGGUAUUGUCUACGGAGAGCACUGUUGCUCUGUAUGGAACCGUGAAACCUGUUCCUAAGGGCAAACAGGCUCCAGGCGGCCAUGAGCUGCACUGUGAUUUCUGGGAGCUGGUCGGUCUCGCUCCGGCUGGCGGCGCCGAUAACCUGCUGAAUGAGGAGUCUGAUGUGGACGUGCAGCUGAACAACAGGCACAUGUUGAUCCGUGGGGAAAACGUCUCCAAGAUCCUGAAAGUCCGAUCCACCGUCACGCAUUGUUUCCGGGAGCAUUUCUUUAGCCGGGGUUACUGCGAGAUAACUCCGCCCACUCUGGUACAAACCCAGGUGGAGGGCGGCUCCACCCUCUUCAGUCUCAACUACUUUGGUGAGAAUGCGUAUCUGACACAGUCUUCUCAGCUGUACCUGGAGACCUGCAUCCCAGCUCUGGGCGACACCUUCUGCAUCGCCCAGUCAUACCGCGCCGAGCAGUCUCGCACCCGCAGACACCUGUCUGAGUACACCCACAUUGAGGCCGAAUGUCCCUUCAUGACCUAUGAAGACCUUCUGAACCGGUUGGAGGAUCUGGUGUGUGACGUGGUUGACAGGGUCCUGAAGUCUCCGGCUGCGCAGCUGCUCUAUGACCUCAACCCGGACUUCAAGCCUCCCAAACGGCCGUUCAAGAGAAUGAACUAUACUGAAGCCAUUGAGUGGCUGAAAGAGCACAACAUCAAGAAGGAUGAUGGGACAUUUUAUGAGUUUGGAGAGGAUAUCCCAGAAGCCCCUGAGCGACAGAUGACUGACACCAUUAAUGAGACCAUUCUGCUAUGUCGUUUCCCUGCUGAGAUCAAAUCCUUCUACAUGCAGCGCUGCCCUGAGGACCGUCGCCUCACUGAAUCGGUGGAUGUGCUGAUGCCCAAUGUUGGUGAGAUUGUGGGAGGCUCCAUGCGUAUCUGGGACGCUGAGGAGCUCCUGGAAGGGUAUAAGAGAGAGGGAAUUGACCCCACACCCUACUACUGGUACACCGACCAGAGGAAGUUUGGCACGUGUCCUCAUGGUGGAUACGGUCUGGGUCUUGAGCGAUUCCUCACCUGGCUGCUGAACCGACAUCACAUCCGUGACGUCUGCCUGUAUCCUCGCUUCAUUCAGCGCUGCCGACCUUAAUUGCGCACACACACGCACUGCAAGAGACCAACUAGAAAAUCAAAUCACUCUCUCUCAUUGCCAGAGACCAUAUUUAUAUGUCAAGUUUAAAGAUCCAAUCAGAAGACGGUUUAAAUGAUCAUUCAGUGUCGAAUUAUAUCCCUGUAAUAUUCAUACGUGGCAUAAUAAAGCAAUGAGAUCAUG